AUGAACUGGUUGAGCAGGAAACUGUAUCUGUACAGCAUCACGGUGGGGGUCUACGGCCUGGAGUGGUGGGAGCGCUGCAGCUUCAGUAUGAAGAAGCUCAUUCCUUCUCUCUCUCUCUCUCUCUUCCUUCCUUUUCCUUUGUCUGAAUCCAUUCAUUCGACCGGUCGCACCUUCCGCAGACGCGCUGCUGCUGCUGCUGCUGUGGGUCGUCCUCUCCGCCGCCCUGAGGGCGUCCCUGCAGAUCUACAACGGCUCCACAGUAAAAGAGGAGAACAAAAGAUGA